AUGGGCGCAGCGGGGACGUCUUCCCUUCGGUGGCACCUCUUCUCGCCGUGGGCUCAUCCAAGCGCGGCCGGCAGAUUCUUCUCCCCUUGUAGAUGCAAUCCUCCUCGCUUAUCUGCGGUGGGUGGCGCGUCGAGGGUAUUCUGUAGCUCCUCUCCCGCUGUCCCUGCGAGGGGGAAGUGGGAGUCAUUCCGCAAGAAGAAGGUAGUAAUGCGGGUGGGUUAUGUGGGGACGGACUACAGAGGUGCGUCCAAUUCAUCUCUCUCCUUCUUUCUGUCUCUCUGUGUGUGCCAGACUUUCUCUGUACUCCUACCAGCAGUUUGUGCAGGUUUUUUCUGUGGUGGACGAAUGAUCUUUAUCCUCAUGUUCUGUUUUCAGGUCUGCAGAAACAAAUAGAUCAGGGCGCUUUAUCGAGUAAGAUAUAGAACACUGUCUAUCCUCUCUUUUUGUUGCUUCCGUGACAGCUUGCAAUCUGUAGUAUGAGAAGUUGGCAUGUUCUGAUCAUCAUCUCAUGGAGAACUUCCUCCGUCGUCGCCUUUCCGUAUGAACUGUGCCCAGUUUAGGAUGGAAUGUUCAAGUCCUGGGGGUCUAUACCUUUUUUGGGACAGCUCCCGGCCUUCUGCGAGUGGCAGAGCACAGGAACCAUGAGUUCUUUUAUGAAUAUUGUAAUUUUCCGCUGGCUAUAAUGGCAACAUGAGUCUCUGCGAAAAUGUAUUCAGGGCAUUCGUUUUUUUUGACAUCAAGGCACCGUAUCUCCUCUCAGUUUUCUCUCGGUGGGCAUGCUCUUAACUUUGACAUCAUGCGACAGUAGCUUUAGGCUUACAACCAAUAAUUUAUUUAAUGAGUGAAUGAUUUCCUUUUACGAACCCAUCUGCUGAGAUUUCAGUUCGUAAUUUAUUUAGUUAUCCUCUUUUCAGUGUCCGCAUGAUUCUGACUAUGCAAUAAUGUUCUGAAUAAUGUCUGAAUGAAUUCGUAACUGAAUGUAUAUUUUGUCUCGUCGAAAACAAAAUACGAAAGACAGGUGAAGUAUUCAAGAUCUCUUAUUCAAUGGGAGGUCUGGAGUAAGAUUUGUUCCUUGAGAUUUCACCCUUUUCUUGAGAACGCGAAGAAGUAUGAAGUAGAAAUUAUCAAGUCAUGCUUGCUAUCUAGACUAUCUUUCUGUGACUGCAUCCAGCUGGGAAGAUGAUAGCUAUUCAGUUUUUUAAAAAAUCCUAUUCUGUUUCUAACUUACUCUUGAAUGGACAAGGUAUUGAUAUCAUAUUGCAUCGCUCAAUUGUCAAUGACGGUGUUAUGCUAAGCCUUCAUAAUCGUGAGUGUAGCAAUUGAAGGAGAAUUGGAAACAGCAAUUUUUAAGGCGGGGGGGAUCCUUGACAGUAAUUAUGGAGAUCUGCAGAAAGUUGGAUGGGCUAGAAGUAGCCGAACUGAUAAAGGAGUAAGUAUGACUUGUGGCCGAUCAGUUCUUUUGGGGUAUAUGAUUAUCAUCGAUGAUAUAUGUUAUCCAUGAAAACAUGCCAGGAUCCUGGGUUUUUGUCAUUCCAUCAUGUUGCAUUUCUGGAAACUUUUGUACUUCAAACUGCCUUGUAGUAUCUUCAAUUUAAGAGCUGACUUAUUGAGCACAAACGCCGCCUUUGUUUAAAAGUCAGCUGCCAAGUUGCUUUAGAUUAGAUGACAAUUUAAGUGGUUGACAUCCCUGAAUUUAGUACAAAAUUUUUGUCUGGUCGCUCUGUGUUGUUGUAAUCACCAAAACACUCUCGAAGUGCCUAAUGUUAUAUGAACUUAUCCAUCAAUGUGGUAGGGUUAAACACUCAGUAAGAAAUCAUCUACAUCAUCUCUGAGAUGAUAAAAUGGAGAGUCCUUUAUCAUAAUGGAUGGGAUUCCUCAUCCCUAAUGUCAUCAUGUUUCUACUUGAAUUUAUCUUUGGUAAAUUGCCGCAUUGUGGUUUUUUUAUGCUGUAUUUCCCUUCAGACAUUCGGCGCCACUCACCUCUAGCAUAUACCAAAUGCAUGUUCAAUCUUUCAAUAUGGUUCAUAUUUUUAAAAAUCGCAUUCUAUAUGUAAAUUUCUCUGAAUUCAGCAGUCUGGUUCUUUAUUCAUUAUUUAUUUCCAAGGUCUCUUGGUAUUCUUCUAUAAUUUAUUUGAACAGUGAGAAUAGUGUUCUAAUCAUUUCCCUAUCAUGAUGCAUUUGUGAUACGAAUUUUGGGUAUCUCUAGAAGUUGAACAUAUUUGGUCGGAUUAAAUGUAAACACAUUUUUACUACGAAUUUAGCAUAUAAAUAAAAAAACAGAUUUUACUUAGGUGAAACUCUCAGUAGCCAUGGGAGUGUGCUGCCCUGCCUCUUCUAAUGUUUUUUCAAAUAUUGGAGGCUUUCUUGGCUAUGGAUUCCUUUUUCGUCAGAUGAGGCUGUCAAUUUCAAGGUACUUACUUUUCUAUGAUAUUAGGUUCAUUCAUUGGCAACCAUGAUUUCCAUGAAGAUGGAGAUUCCUGAAUAUGCAUGGAAGGACGACCCUUGUGGCGUCGUUCUCGCGAAUUUCAUCAACUCUAAUCUGCCGGGCAACAUCAAAGUUUUCAGCAUUUUACCCUCCCAAAGGCAAGUCUACUCAGUAAACAAUCACCAUAAAUUAAUGAAUUUUUAGUUGCAUUCCGUUUUUCCUUUAAUAAAAGUCCUUUGCUGAACUGUGUUCCAGGAGCUUUGAUGCGAGAAGGGAAUGCAAUUUUCGAAUGUAUUCUUAUCUUCUUCCGGCUGAAAUCAUCGGGCUCAGAAGUGACAGCGACCCUGCAGAAAUAGAUAGCCAUUUAUCUGAAUUUAAUAAUAUACUGGAAAGCUUUGAGGUUUGUCCUCGUUUAGUAGGUUUGAAUAUCUAAUAUCUUUUCUGAUGCGUAUUAUCUUGCUGUAGUAGUCGUACAGUCUAUGUGAUGUAAGAAAGAUUGUGUCAUCAUCUUCUAUUGAUUACUCCAGAGUAAAGAUGGGGGGUGCAUUUAGACGUGUUCAUCCUGAUAAUUAAUAAGUAAACUCUGAUGUUACAAUUAUUUUGGUAAUCUCCUGAUUUCCUUUUUUUCAUGCGGAUAAAGAUUAGUUAUCGACUUAUUCUCGCUGUUCCAAGAAUCAUUGAUUUGGAUAGGUGGUCUGUAGUGGCUGAUAAUGUUCAAAGUUUUCAUAACUGCCCAAAUUUGAUUCGAUCAAUUUUUUAUUAGUUUAUCCAGCGGGGACCGAUUCAAUCUAGUUUCAGUUGGUAUUCGAUUCGUAUUUCCAUUAAUAUUUAUGGUUUUUUGUUGUUGCAGGGAGAGCAUCCUUUCCACAAUUACACUACACGUGCUAAGUAUAGACAACAGCAACCAAAGAAGCGCCGCAAACCUAAAGGCGCCAUGCCAUCUAGGCAUUUGUUUCGGCCCGAUUCAGAGAUUGAAAAAUCGGGCAUUAGGGAUUGUGGGCUUAUCCCUGAAGAUGAUCUUGGGAGCUCUCGUUCUGACAGCGACUCUGAUGACGAUGGAACAUACCCACUUAGAGAACUUGAAGGUGAAUCACAAAAUUCUUCUCCUAGGGUUGUCCGCGCGAGGUGGCUCCAUGAGCCCGAUGAAUUGGAUAGAAUUGGUGCAUCCCACUUCAGGAAGAUCUUCAGCUGCGGCUCUAGGAAGCUGGAGAAAUCAAGGGGAAAUAAUUAUAUUGAAGUGCUCAUAUGUGGGGAAUCCUUCAUGCUUCACCAAGUAAGUGGACCCUGGCGCUUUGAUUAUUAUGGUCACAUUUGAUUACGCCAUGUAUUUCUUAACUCGAAUGAAUUGUCUACAUAUUUAUUAUGUGCCUUUCCAACUGAGAUUACUAGGGUUUGAUUAUUUUGCAGCCUUUUGGUCUCCCUAAACCUUUCUAGAUUAGAAAAUUAUUCCAGGAACAUUCGUUGACUGUGAAAGUCAAUAUGUAUAUAUAUAUAUAUAUAUAUUAUAUGUGCAUUUGUGAUAUCAUAAAACUGGCUGAUAUCCAUUUCAAGCCACCAAAAAAAAUAUUAAGGAGGCAAAACGAGAGCACUUGUCAUGGUAGUCAGCUGAAAAUUAUCAUUAACAAGAGGUGAAUUAUAGAAAUGGGUCUUCACUUAACCUCUGACCGGUUUUCUGAGUCAAAAGUUGAUACCGACUCAGAAUUUGUCAACUUCAGCUUCAUUAAUAUAUGUGCAUUUGUGAUAUGAUAAAGCUGGCUGCUAUCCAUUUCAAGCAAAAAAAAAAAAGAAGAAAAAGGUUCAGCUGAAAAUUAUCAUUAACAAGCGGUUAAUUAUAGAAAAGGGUCGUCAUUUGACCUCUGAUCGAUCUUCUGAGGCAUAAGUUGACACCGACUCAGAAUUUGUCAACUUCAGCUUCAUUUAACAACCACCUAUGGAUCGGAAUUUAUCUCAUGUUUUGGAUCUUACUGGUGUAUUUUUCUUUCCAUUUCAGAUUCGGAAAAUGGUGGCAACGGCAGUGGCAGUGAAGCGGAGGCUGCUGCCGAGGGACGCUAUUGAGAUGUCGCUGGCCAAGUUUUCCCGCAUCGUUCUACCCAUCGCUCCCUCUGAAGUCUUGGUCCUGCGGGGCAACCAGUUCUCCAUCAGGAGCCGUCCCGGGAAGACAAUGCGACCAGAACUGAAAUCAAUGGCCGAAGCAGAGGAAAUACAGAAGUUGGUCGACGAGUUCUAUGCUUCUGUCCUUCUCCCGGGGGUCUCAAAGUUCUUGGACCCAUCUGAAUAUCCAUGGAGAGAGUGGCUGGAGAACUUGGAGCAGUGCAGCAUCCCAGAGGAGGAGUUGGGUGAGGUCAGGAGAGCAUGGGUUCAAUGGAAAGGUAAAUUCUCGUCUACAAAGGAGAGAACGGCCACCACCACAGCUUGCUAG